GCCACAUCCUCGGGUUCUGCAACCGCAACCCCACAGAAUGCUCCCCACGGAAAACCAAUUGCUGCAGAAAAAGGGCAGGGGAGGGCAAGAAUUACCGACAGCCAGCUGGCCCCACCAUGACCGCGCCGAGGGAUACGAGCCUGUCACGAAGCGCCAAACCCGCCACCAAACCGCGUGACUCGGAUAGGCCCGAGCGUCGACCACCACCUCCAGAGUUGAAUUCCUCUGGAUUCUUGCUUUGUAGAAAGAACAUCAUGGAAUUGCCGGGGUUUUGCCGAGGGGUGGUGGUGGUGGUGGUGGUGGGCAGCACGGCUCGGCUGGUACAGCGGCGGCAUUGGCUGAAUUCCCUUCCAUUCCUCGUGGAGUCCCCGCAUUCUCCCCUUUCUUGCUCCAUCCCCGGACUCGGUUUGUCCCCGAACCCCAACCCUAACUUCUGGAUGUCACACUUCACGCUCCACUUGAGAGCUCUACCUCUGCUGUUUUCCUCCCUCCUAGCAUCGGAGGCGACGAGUUAGACUUCAGUCACCGGGCUUUUCUCGUGCCAUGCCAGUUUUCCACGCCGCA